AAUCUCUACCUGCUGCGUGAGUUACUUGAGAAUGCAAACUAGCAUCCACAAUCGCCUCAAAUCCCAACUGCAUUGCUGCCGCGUAUGCACCUCAAUCUAAUAGACUGCCGAGACUGCAAUGAAUGCAUUAUGCCAACGUUAUCCUUGAUCUCAAUAUGCAUCAUAAUUGUUGCAGUUAUUUUUACAAUAACAUGCAUAGUAUUCUACAAGAGGACGUCAGCUCUUUCCUAUGUUAUCAUGGUAAUCAAUUUCGACUUCGGCAUAUUACACCACGAUCGCAGGUUACUUCUGUUUUGCCAAUAACUCAGACAGUAAAAACCAUAGAGAAAAUAGAUACUCAUCACCAUAUGAUUCCACCUGUGUAUCUUGACCCCUCUCCCACUGAGCAUUCCUCGGCAUUCAUUUGUUAUACGAUUCUGAUGACUUUACCAGAUAUCAAAGAAAACUUCAAGGAAUCUAGUGAUUUGAUAUUUCCAACAUGGUCUCCACAAAUCUCUCUUGAUUUUAUGGCCAGAAACUGCAUCUCGACCUCCAUCCUAUCAUUUGCUCAUACCGCUAUCGAUGAUUCAUCCCUCUGCCAAGACAUCAAUAUUUUCGCCCAUAAUCUAUGUCUUCAAUAUCCCACCAAGUUCGGCUUCUUUGCCACCAUUCCAACCAUAACUAUAGCAUCCAUACCAGAAGUACUCGCUAGCAUCAAGUUUUGUUAUGAAAGGCUCAACCCCGACGGUUUCACACUUCUGACUAGUUAUGAUGGGAAAUAUCUUGGGCAUGAAAUAUUUCAGCCUGUCUGGGAAGAAUUGAAUAGAAUCAGUGCGGUGGUAUUCAUACAUCCCAUUGCCAAUUCACUCUCUCCACAACUGCUCGCGCAUUCCUCGUUAAUUCCUCCUAUUGUCGAUUUCACACAUGAAAUGACACGCACAGCUUGUUCUCUCAUCUACUCUAAUACUUUAUCCUCAUUUCCAAAACUCAAGAUCAUUCUCUCGCACGCAGGAGGUGCUCUUCCUUAUGUUAGUGCUUCGGUUGCAAAGCUGACUUUUGAUGCUUCUCUUAGCGUUAAAACACCGGAGCAAUUCAUGAGGGAAGCGAGAAGCUUUUAUACGGACUUAGCAGCGAGCAGUUAUAGCGGGCCUAUGGAGUAUAUUGAAAAAUGGUUAGGGCCUAGAAGAACUACUUACGGCAGUGAUUUCCCGUUCCCAAUAGAAAGUACAAUGGUGGAAGAGUCAAAUUUCUUGGAUGGUUGGAUAAACAAGAAUGGAGAUGAAGGGAAGGCGGUUUUGAGAAAAACUGCGUUGGAAUUGUUCCCGAGAUUGAAGGCUCAAAUUGAGCAGGCUCAGGUUGUUGAAGAGAAAUCUAGGAUUGAAAAUCUCAAUGCUAGCAGCGGUGAAAGUGAUGUUGCUUUCACUAAUGCUGUUUGA